AUGGGUGGAAAGAAAUGGACAGCAAAGGAGUGGAAAGAAUGGCGUGGAGGCAGACCUCCCUGGCCAGGUCGUGUCUGGCCUGGCUCCUAUGCUGCGUCGCCGCGGGCCAAAUCGGCCAACACACGCCCCUCCUACGACCAGGUCGAGCUGCCCUCUACCGCAGCCCCUACGAUACCGACAGAGAACAUCGAGGGGUACAACGUGAUGCGAGAAGUUCAGAAGGCAGUAUCCAUCGCGAAGAAAGCAGACAACAAAGUGCGAAGGCUUCGCGAGGAAAAGACCACCAAGGAAGCGCAAUGGAAGCUUUUCGCCAAGAAAGCCAAAGAGGACUACGUGGCCGAGCUAACAAGGUACGAAUCGGCUCUGCAAAGGAUCGACCAGGAGAUCCAGGACUCGACCACUGUCGGACAGGACGCUGCCCGCAGCGUUCAAGCCAUUGUGAAUGGCGAACGACCUGCAGCUGCUGUUCCGAUGGAGAAUGUGGAGGACCCUUGGGACACCCUGCUAUCGACGACCGAAGUCCCUGCACAGGCAGGGUUCCUGCAAGACGCCUUGGCAGCUGCGAACAUGAUUCGGACGAGUGGAGCACCCUCCAAUGGUCCAGGACAAUGUCUGAUGACUCCGGAGGCUGCUGCUCGCCUCCUCCAGGCUACUUUAUCGGUGCUGCCACACAUUGGCCAAGGGCAGACUACCCCGCCGGGCCUUGCCGUGCCAUACGGGACGGGAACCUUGAGCCAAGAGGGGCAUGUGACUGGAGCAGGACACCCUCCUGCGGCCAAUCUGCCAGCUGGUCUGCCAACACCUGCUUAUGCGGAGCCUCCAGGUGCUGGUCCAUACCAAACUUCUCCAGCGACGACCAGACUGAAGAGGACUACAUCGGCUUCCCCACGGAUCAACCCUUACGAGACCCGAGGACCUGUCAAGGAACCUCAGAACAAGCCUGGGGAACUUGCCGGAGGCGACCAUGCACCUGCUCCAUCGCUCGAGGAACGUGUGCAAAACAAGCGAAGCAGUGGAGCCAUGUUUCCCUUCGGCCUCCGACCAGAUGGACACCCGGGUCACAACGCCAACGAUACGAUCGUUGUGACACAAGAAGAGCUUCAACAUGCUGUACCUGGACAGACUGGCGAUCUUGCCAAACUGGAUGUGUCAGAGAGCAUCAUGGGGCUGGCUCCUCUGACUUCCUUCUUCCUGUUGUUGGUCGGCUCACUCAUGUCUGUCAUUCGCAGGGUGUCUCGCCGAGACGACUUGGAGGGGCGAUUUUGUCCAUCUUUGCGCUUGCCCUGUACGUUUGCCUUUGGAGACAACUUCCAGAAAGACAUGAGGGUCUUCUUCGCCUCUGACCUUGAUUUCGUUGAACCACAGCCAGAAGAGGGCUAUGUUUCGCUUAUUCUAGUCCCACAAUGGCUUGAGCGCUCCGUCAAUGCAGAGAUCGUCCUCGAUUUCUCAGCAGUUGGUGGUCCCGUCUACGCGGUCAUAGUCGAGCGAAACCUCCCGCAUGCUCAGCUGAUUGAGCAUGCCAGCAGGCACACAGUCUCUCCCUGGGACGCGUUUCAGACAGGCAGCUCCGAACCACUGUGCUCCGACAGAAGCAUAAGAGUUACCACAGGUGACACCAUAAAGUUUGUUGCUGUUUAUGGUAGCCCUUUUUGGUACCCUGCAACAGUCGAUUGCCUCCGAGACCCCGACUUCCUCUCAGCCGAGGUUCGCCAAAUAAUCAGUGAGGAGGUUUCUGAUUCUUGGCUAGUCCUUGCACCAAGUGUCGAUCGUGAAAUCCUCCACCCAGGUCAACCUGAUGAGGAUCUCGCGUCACAUGCAGCUAGUGCGCUACACUGCCGUCAAGAACACCUCAUGCUUUGCAAGCCAGAUAAGGAUUCCUUCCAUCCUUAUGUCCACCAGGGAGCUCUUCUAGCCGGGGUCAUUGCGGCCCGAAAGGGCUCUCGGUCUGAGCUAGACAGGGCCAAUCGAGGCACUUUCCUCAUCCUUGACUGUCGCCCCAUCGGCAGACAACCUACCUUCUACUAUACGGAUGAUCAACAGGUUGAGGAAUCGGUCUUGCAGUCACUUAUAGUGUUCAGUCCCCCGCGAGGAUACCGACCUCUCUUUAGUGGCCUUCCAAAGGUCGGCUCAGCUUUCUGUGUUCACAACGGAGGAGUGCUGACAGUCGAUCUAGAGCCGUUUCCCCUUCUAGAUGUAGAAGAGCAGGCGGGCGACUCACUUGUCAACAGUGCUACCAUUGGCAUGCGCAACCCGUACCAUAUGCCAGGAGGCUGCCAGGGAGUUCCGUGGCAACGGGCCACAGAUGUGCAUCGAACUGUCCAUCCUCCUGCCAGAUACGACGAUGAGGCACAUGCGCCGCCGCCGACAGUCUACGCUAGGGACAAGCCUCAGGGCGUACCUCCUCCCACUUUCUUGCAUGGUCACUUUCUUGUCUUUGCGCCCCGAUACCGCGCAGAGGUGCUGCCCCUCGUCAUGCGGGUCCCCUGUGAUCCGGAAGAUGCUCUCAAUGAGGUUCAAGACGCCAGGAAUGAAGACCAGUCCCUUUACUUCGACACACUUGUCCCAGUUGAGCCUCAGCCAGACAAUCGAUUCGCGUGCAUUCUGUCUUCGCCAGUGUGGGCUGCUGACAGAUGCCAUGUGCUUGUUGAUCUCCGACAUGUUGAUGGUCGGCUUUUCAGCAUCAUUGUGCCAGCACAGCUUUCCCGGGCCUCCUUGCUGUCCGCUGUCCAGCUUACCGAUGCACUGGAGCUGAACAUCUUCUUUGAUGACAGGCUUCAACCGAGGGACAGGGCCAUCGUGCCCGAGAAUGGGGGCUUGUUCACGCUUCUCCGUGGAGGCCGUCGGCCGGGCCCUUUAUACACUUUUGAAGAGCUUCUCGGGUCUGAACGCCACUGGGCCCAACCGUGCCCCAUGUACCCUGGGCCUGUUCGGUCGGCUCUGCUGGUAUUUAAUGAUUCAGCGCCAAGAGCCUUUUCCUAUGACCAGGAUCCUGCCGAUGAUCCCGUUGAAUUCCGGCGUGCCAUUUCUGCACAACUUGGUUACAGCCUCUCUGAUUCUGUUUUGCAUCGGUCUUGCCCUGCCAUAGAGGAUAUCGAGCACUUUGGGCACACUUGUAAGGCUCUUUGUGUUGCCACUCAGCGCGUUGGAGGCUCCACUGUCAGUGCUGAUGGUGCUGGCCCAUGCACAGCCAUCAUAGAUACCAGGCCGAUCCUUCGUGACAUUGAAUGGGUCCUCACCAAUCAAGGUGUGCUCGACUUCGAUGCUUUGUGCGCUCGUUUUGAACCUGCUGCACCCCCUGGCUAUGCUGUCAGCAUCAAGGGUGGAAGGCAUGAACUACGCACUGAGGGCACCUAUGUCCACGUUCCGCAAGCAGGUAUCCUGGUAGUGCAGUUUGUGCAAGACUUCCUUGAGAACUCCCCUGGCCCUAGCGGGUUGUCAUCACAGGAGCUUGAGGGGGAAGAUGAGCAUGCUGAAUCAGAGUCUGCAAGCUCUGAUUCCAGUAUGUCCUCUGUCGAUAAUGGAGCUGCCGAAGACCGUCGCGAAAGAAGCCGCUCACCCCGACGCACUGAUGGUGCUGCUGGCCAUGCCAUUCUUUCCCCUGGCAUCCUUGCUUCCCUCUUUGGGGGCACCCAGCUUCAGGUUGUAGUUGCCUCCAAUUUCCCUCCACUCUUGACCCGAAGGAAGUACUGUUUGUUAACAGCCCUUUGCCAACUUCCUCGUUCUCUGGGUGAACAAGUCAGCUGGACUUACUCCGCUCCCUUCGAUCAUCGGGAGCCCCUUGCAACUGAUACCACGGGGUUUCAGGAUGAGCUUGAACAGGUAUCUGAGGACCGACGUCUGUACUUUGUUGUUGCAACACCUGAGUACACACUGUACCAGACGGAAGUCACCCUCACCAUUCCUGCAGUGCCCCCGGAAGCUCUUGCUGCUGUUCGGGCUGCCCGGCCGACAACGGACAGGCGCCAAUUCCCGAUUCUACAUCCUGCGAAUCCUCAGCCCAUUGCCGGCUGUGGACUGUUCCUUGCAGAACCCAGCUGGGGUCCCCAGCCACCUACCAUCUGCUUUGACACAAGACUUAUAGACGGUCGCUUGUUUGCAAAGAGUGGGCGUUCUUAUGCCGACCGAUUUGCCCUUGUGCACGCUGCUGGGCUGUCGGCUCACCAGGACCUUGACGUAUAUGUUGGGUAUGACAGUGACCCACUUCCCGACGGGGCAGAGUUACAUCUCACUUCCGGUGACACCAUUAGGAUCGUGCCCGCUGGCACUCCUGCUGAGCAGCCUGUCACACUUGCUGAAUGCCUUGGCAAUCCAACCUGGUGGAGUGUUGAUCCCUUCACACUGCCUCCGUGUCAGGUCGCGGCAUAUGGUCUAGUCUUCGAUGGUUUCAUGCUCUGCCCAGCCAACCCCCGCAUCACUGACUGUGUUGUUGCGGGCUGUCCGGUCAGGGCCGUCAUCGGUGUUGUUGAAAGAGACCAUGCUGAUUCCAAUGCCUUCUGUGUUCUGGUUGACUGCCGACCGUUGCGUAAUGGCUGGUUCACAGUUCCCUUUAAUGAAGGACGCGUUGACGCAUGGGAUAUCCUUGACAUCCUUGAUGGACAUGCGCCUAGGGGCUGGCGCGCCGUUUUCGUGGGCCAUCCGAGUUCCCAGCGCCAUGCAGCCGUCCACCCUGGUCAGGUUCUAGUAGCUGAAUAUAUUCCCUCUAGAGCUGCGUCUUUGCCUCCAAACGCUUCGGACAACUUUGCUGGAGCUUCUGACAUCUCGGCGCCUGCUGCGUCCUUGAGCGCAAAUGAUCGAGAUACUGCUCCAACUAUUCGAGUUGCUCGAAGUGAUCCACUCUUUGACUCAGCACCUUCAGCCACCGCCCAUGCUGCUGGUCCAACAAGUGGACACGGUGGCGACGACACUCCUGAGCCACCCUCCUUUGCUGAAGCAGUCUUUUGCAUCCUCGGACAACAUUAUGAAGUUGAGGUCGUUCGUGUGAGGAUUCCGCUUGGCAUCGGGACUGCCGAGGUCCUUGAGGCAGUUAGUGCUGCCAGAGAUCCAGCUAUCCGCAGCUAUCUGCCUAGGGUAGGCCAUGUUCCCAUUCAGUCCCUUGAUGGGGUAGCGGUUUUGAUAGGCCUACCCCUUUGGGACCCCUCGGGUGCCCUAGUUGUACUUGACAGCACUAGAGCUGACGGCCAGAUUCAUGUUGCACAACUCCCCGGCAUUGUGCAAAGAGAGGGCUUGCUCGUCGCUGCGGGCUUUCCGCCACAGUCUGAUCUUGAAGUCUAUCUCAAAGACAUUCCGUGGCCCAUCCAGCAUGGGACAAAUGUAACUGUCAGUCAUGGGGACAUUGCGAUUUUUGUUCCACCGCGGCACACGCACUUCACAACGACCACUCUGUCCGCACUUCUCAGUUCAGCGGAACAUUGGGAUCCCUCGUGGACCCCCACCUUCUCUGUGCAGGAGCACGCCUGGGUUCUUGGCCCGCAGGCGGCAUUUUCUUUCACCAUCAAUCCUGCGCGACGAAGCUCCUUGAAAAGGGAUCUUUCUGUCGCUGUUGGAGUUAUUGAGGCUUCUCUCAUUUUGUGCUCGCCUGAGCCUCUUGCUCCUGCCUACACCCACCUUGGUGUUGUCCAAGACCUUGUCGUCGCUGCAUUGACCCCUGCUCUCUACACAAUGCCACAAGUUGAACGCCAUGCCGUCUGCUUCAUCGAUGCCAGGCCCCUUUUGCUACGGGUGGAAUGCAUCAGUGCACCUGGAGGCGUUGUUACAUGUGCCAGACUCAAUGCCCAAUUUGCCAGCCGUUGCCCGACAGGGUUUGCGUUGUGCUACUUUGAACAGGAUGGUUUCGUGCACCAUGUCACACAGGACAUUUGGGUAGAGGACCUGGAUGUCCUCAUCCUCACCUUCUUGCCAUGCAGCUUCCUUCCUGACUCGACAGCAGGAAGUAACACACCGCCUCCUGACGGCCCACCGUCUCAUGAUGCUGAUGGUUCAGAUGGGCACCAAGAAGAUGGAGACUCCGCUGAGGCUCCCGCCGUUCUGGUUCACAGCCUGCUGGUGCGACGCGUGCCUGUGGAGUGGCCAUUCACCAGAGAGAGCCGUCCUUCCGUCAUGUGGAACUGGGUUACUUUUCAUCAUGCCCUUUGGAGAGGGCCGCCUGGAGACACCUCUGAUGAUGCGGCCGGAUUCUUUCGAGUGUUCCUAUUGAGUCUCGCCAUCGGACACUUCCUGCUAACGUGCUGCCUGUGGGCAAUACGCCGCAUGCCUUGGCUUUGCGUCUUUGCCCUUCUUCACGUCCAGUUCAACUCCUCUUUUGUCGAGGCAGUUCAACUUUCGGUGGUCGACAAGACCGCCCCUGUCCAAGAAACCAACGGCCAGCUAGGACAAGAUGCUGUCCGACCAGUGCCCACGCCAUGCCGCAGUCAUGCACCUUUUGCUUCCUUGCGUGCUCCCGCCUUCUCUGAUGCUGCUGAACGGGACAGCCUUGCGCAUGCUCCGUCUGGAGGCUGGGAACUUGACUGUGAGCUGCCAUUGCACACCUUGCUUGAAUAUAGUCGAGCUGAAAGCCAAGACUACCCGCUGUUCCUUGCUUGGACCCUGCUGGAGGCUUUACUUGAACACCAGGCUCCGGGCCAUGGUGAGGCUCACCCAAUCGCCACCACUCAACCAGAUCGGUCAGAUAUACAAGGCCCUCGGCCUGGCAGACCUGAGCCUCUGCGACUUUCUUCACACUUACCAGCCUGCCAGACCUUUGACCUCUCUGUCGUCUCAGUUGAUAUCGGCACAAGCCUGGACCAGGUCAUGCGUUGUAUCUGCCCAGGGUCCUUCGACCUCAAUCUAUCGAUUCCUGACUCCAUUGACAUCCAUCCCGCUGCCCAGUCCCUACUCGAUUGCUGCAACACGGACUGGCUAGAGGACGAGCAACUCCUGCCAAAGUGUUUUGACGCAGUCACUGUCUUUACGGAUGGGUCUUUUGACGGGGAUGUUAGCUCUUGGGCCUGUGCCGCCUUCGGGUACAGGGGCCAGGCAAGCUACUUCCUGGGAUGGCAGGCCGGCCUAGUCCAGGUCUCUGCUCUACACCCUGCCUUUGUCGGAGCACCCGCACACUCUGCCCUAGCAGGUGAAUACACGGCAAUAAUCUGGGCAAUUUACUGGGGCAUGCAAGCUCCUGCUUGCUCUUCACUCGAGUACCUUGCCGAUUGCCUGUCGGCACUACAGCAGGCCAAUGGAGCUUGGGGGUGUAACACCGACUACCCCAUGAUGCCGGCUGCACGUGCCCUUCUUCAACUCCUGUGUGCUGUCCAGCCUGCCUUCAGUGGCUCCAUUAGCCACGUUAGAUCCCACCAGGGACAGCCGGACAAUGAACUUGUCGACUCGCUUGCAAAAUUUGCGGUCAGAAAUAGGACUCAGUCGACACUCAGCACCCAAGCCCACAGCCUGGCUCAAGCCAUCAGGGACGGAUCUGUCCACUGGUGGUGGUUGAUUUACACUGGAGCGGCAGAGCCACAGGCAUGGCCCAGCUUUCAGGGUGCAUUCCUCACUGAUCACAGUAGGUUUGCCGAUGCCCAACCUCCGUCGACAUCCGAGGCCAGAGCAUGGUUCGGAUUUCGUGAAUCACUGCACACACAGCCGGACCGCUCACAGCUGCUCUCGCUUAGGUUGCUCACUGUCAACGUUCAGACUCUCAAUGAUUCCUCUGUCCCCGAGGUUGAGGAUAAGGGGUUUAAGGGUCGAGCCGGUUUCCUCCGCGAACAGCUAGUUGCGCUAGAUGUUCAUGUUGCCGCCCUACAAGAAACGCGGGCGUCGGCUAGCGACACGAUCACUUCGAAGUCGCACAUAAGAUUCUGCUCCGGAAAGGACACUGCCGGCAACCACGGUGUAGAGAUUUGGUUUAGCCGUCUGUCACCCUUCCUGUCCUCCAGGGGCAUCAAGUCUUUCUUUCAGCCGGGCGAUUUCAUCGUUACCUUUGCGGACCCCCGCACGCUCAUUGUGAGAUUCGCAAGAGGAGGAAUCAAGAUCUUGUUUGUCUGCGUCCAUGGUCCCACUACCUGUGAUCCACAGCGUGACUUGUGGUGGGCCUCGCUCCAUGAGAGGCUACAUCGUUUCAGUGAGGCCCAUGAAGUGGUGUUGUUGGGUGACUACAAUGUCCAUUUUUCGCUUGAAAUUCCGGGCCGAGUUGGCAGCCUAGUCCUACCAGGGACAGGCACAGUUCCGUCAGGACUUCAACGGAUCUUGCAUACACAGGAUCUGUGGAUCCCUUCGACCUUUCCGGACAUUCAUCAUGGACCCUCCCUUACGUGGAUUUCCCCGUCUGGGUUAUCCGGCUCAAGGAUUGACUUUGUUGGCAUACCCUGUACGUGGGUAGCGGGACCACGAGCAUCCUGCAUUCAAGCUGAACUUGACUGGGGACAGGCGCACACAGACCACUUUGCGGCCCAGGUCGAUGUGUCGUCACUUGUCAAAGCUAUCACCCCGGGCCCUUCCAAGUUCAGGGUUGACAGGGAAGCCAUUGGCACAGCAGAAGGUCAGGCGACUCUUGCACAGGUUUGGCGCCAUGCACCCACCGUCCCCUGGUCAACCAAUGUGCGCAGACAUUGGGCGGCUUUGGAAGCCUAUCUUCAGACAGCACUGCCCAGGGCAUUCCCCAGUCAAAGAGGGCAGUGCCGCUCCUCCCACUUUAGUGAGUACACCUGGCAACUCAGACAACGACGCGUCUGGCUACGUCGCCAGAUACUCCGGUGCAGGGAAAGUCUCCUCCCCCCGGGCACCAGAGCACCUUUCCUAGCAUGGCGUCGGCAGUGUCGCCUGAGGGUCUUUGAGCUCUGCAGCGUUUUUAUCGUCAUGGGCCGACAGCGUCGGCUAGCGAGUUUUGCACAGGAACUGCGGCAGACACGAAAGGCCCUCAGACAGGCUGUUCGUAGAGAUGUCCGGCAACGGAUCACCGACGUCGCCGCUGAGGCGGAACACUGCGCCACGGCUGAGGCGGUGCGCAGACUCAAACCCUUGCUGGGGCCACCCAAACGGAAGGCCCGAACACACAAUGGACUUCCUCUGGUGCUCACCUCCACCGGUGUACCGGCCGCCACCAGUGAGGAAGUUGAGGAUACUUGGAUCCAGCACUUUGCCGGCAUUGAGGACGGCUGCAAGAUCCUUCCACAGGAACUCGCUGCGAGCUGCAUGCACAUACAAGCGAGCCGGGAUCUUGACUCUCUUCUGUUCUCCGCGGCCGAUCUUCCGAGCCGCAUCGAGCUCGAAACGGCUUUACGGGACACUUCCACAGGCCGAGCUGCGGGUCUAGAUGGUGUACCGGGAGAAGCCCUCCACUUCGCCGUAGCCACGGCCUCUAAGGUUCUUUACCCUCUCCUCCUUAAGACCAGCAUGCGCCUAGCAGAGCCGGUUCAGUUCAAGGGUGGGAGUCUUGAGGCGGCCUGGAAAGGCAAAGGUUCGCCCGCGUUGUGUGCCUCGCAUAGAGGUAUUCUCAUCUCUGCUGUGACAGGGAAAGCCUUUCAUAGGCUCCUGCGUUCCAGAUGUGUUGGGCCUCUCUCCUCAGUGACAUCCCCGUUGCAACUUGAGGGCUUGCCUUCGUGCCCCGUGACAGCCGUUUCACACGCUGUACGGCUCUUUGUUGCUUCCGCACGAGCAAAACAACAGUCCUUCGCCAUCCUAUUUCUUGACCUUCAAGAAGCAUUUUAUAGAGUGUGUCGGCCCCUACUGACCGGAGCUCCACUCUGCGACGAGGCCAUCGCCAAAGUGGCACAGACCAUUCGUCUCCCCGCAGGGGUCAUGCACGAGCUCCACCUUCACCUCUCUGGGAAGUCCAUUUUCGAGGACAGUGGGGCCAGCCCUUGGCUUUCUCAGGCCAUGAGCGAAGUGCUGGCCUCGACAUGGUUUCGGUUCAAAGCUGGACCUUCCUUGGUCCAGACAGGUAUAGGGAGCCGUCCGGGCGACAAUUGUGCAGAUGUCAUCUUUUCCUUUCUAUUCUCCCGGGUCCUACGGGAACUCUCGCGGGACCUUGUAGACAUGGGCUGCUUGACUCACUUGCCCUUUCGAGACUCCAUGCAGGGGGAUAUUUUCUCAAGUAGGGCGUCUGAGGCACAACCCAUUGACAUCAUGGACGCCACUUGGAUGGACGACCUUGCUCUAAUGAUGUUGGCGGAUUCCGCUGAGGCUGUCAUCACGAAGGCUAGGCACGUCACAGGUGCCUUACUCGAUGCUUGCCUCUCAAGGGCGUUGUUACCCAACCUCGCUCGAGGUAAGACAGAAUUAAUCAUCGUACCCUGUGGAAAGGGCUCCAAGGCCUGCAGGGCCGCCCUCUUCAGGGACAAGGACCCUUCUGUCGAGAUUCCUUCCCGUCUGUGGCAACAAGCCCGUGUUCGGGUCGUGCAUUUCUACCGCCACUUGGGCGGUGUCAUCCAUUUCUCGGGUGACGUUGCUCGAGAGAUACGCUCUCGGGUUGGGAUGGCCCAUGAGGCUUUCCAAAAGAGGAAACGCCAGAUCUUUGGUUCUCCGAUUGUACCCAAGACUGCCAAGGCUACCCUCUUCAACUCCCUCAUCCUUUCCGUUCUACUGCACGGUGCAGGAACAUGGCCUGCACUACGCCCCGCUGCUCAGUCGGCACUUAGUGCAGCAUAUGAGAGGAUGGCCUGCCAUAUGUGUCGUCCACACUGGGACUUUGAUCAGGCUAUGCACGCAGGUCGUGAUCAGGUACUUGCCUUUCUGGGACUCCCGUCGAUGUUUGUGCUUCUUCACGUACACAGAUUGAGACACCUGCUACUGUUCGUUAGACUCGGCCUCAAGCAGAUGUGGGCGCUGGCCCAUUGGGAGGAGGCCUGGCUCGGAUCAGUUCGGGAAUCCCUCAGUUGGUUGUGGCAGACUACUCGGUCAUCAACUGACACACGACGGUGGACCGAAGUUUGGCCAGAGUGGUUGACCAUGAUAGGGUCGGCACCAGGUCGCUGGAAAAAUCUGCUUCGACGGGCUCAGGCCAGAGCUGUCCAGGCUGAGGCCUGGCAGGCGGCACACCAACAACAUUGCGCCCUUCUUGUUCAACAGUUGCGACUACAUGGGGCGUCCCUGCAUGGAGUUACACAGGAUCGCCUUGACUCCGCCCACUGCUGUGCUUUGUGUCGUACCACAUUCCCCUCCAAGCAGAAGUGGUCGGUUCAUGCCUUUAAGUGUCAUGGUCGGCGCAUGACGGGUCGGGGCAUUCUCUCAGGGCUCCAGUGUCAAGCAUGCCUCCGCACAUACAGCAACAACGUCAGACUUUGCAGACACCUGCGCUAUUCCCGGUCAUGUAGAGACAAGCUCCUUUCCAAUGGAUAUGCUUGUGAGUUUGAACCGGGUGUAGGACACCGCAAAGUGGACGACCGGAUGGCAGGACUGUGCCCGGCCUUGCCAGGGAGUGGGCCGAUCCGACAGUUCGCUCAGACCCUCGUCUUCCCACAAGAAGACUGUCCGGUUGCGGAAGUAUGGGAUUGCCUACUCCACCUGGACUUUGAUGGGCCAGUCGAACUCUUGUCGGAUUCCGUACUAUGGGAUCGCCUCCGCAUUGCCUUCUCUUGUGUGUGUGCACCGACAGACCGUCUCCGAGCGACCGCUCAGGCCUGGCUUGAGACACUUUGCUCCUCCGGGGGUCAUGAGCGUCUAAUUACUUGUGCAGAGUGGAUCUGCCAAGCUGACAUUGUCCAAUGGAUUGUCCCUGAUCCAGCCGUUGCCCAGUCUGUCUUCCGCACAUACAGGGACGCUGCGUGUGUGGUUAGUGUCAUUGACACGGCCCCGAUCUGCCUGGGAUCUCCUCUUCGGACUUCCCCCGCUCACACGGUUGUCUGGGUACACCCUGACUCCCCUUGGUGCGCAGUUUCCCGAAGGGAGUCCGGCCUUAUCGAGUUCACCCAUGCAGAGUGUCUGGAGGCCUUCCGGAUCGGCAAGCUACCCUCUUUUAUGGAGGGGCCUUUCGAGGAAGUUGCGUUUGUGUUGGAUCUCCUUGGCCUCCACUUUCUCUCAGCUCCGUCCUGCCCCGACUUGGGCAUCUCGACGUUGUGUGAUGAAUUGGAGGGCGCUGUCCUUGGAGCCGACCUUCUUCGCUUCUUCCUGAAGCUUGCCUUGCUCCGCAUACCUGCCCUACUCCUGGUGUCGUCUUCGGCUGACCUCUGCGUCCAGUCCGUCUCUUCGCUGCGGGGUCUCAGCAAGCGUGUCAGAGGUGACCACUGUGUCAUCUCCACCUGCGACGACCUCUGCGGCCUUCUCGUUUCACCCCAUCUCAAUUAA